AAAUCUCGGUUUUGCGAGGACAUACAUAUAGACACCCCUACGGUGGUCGCAUUCUUUGAUGCUAUUCUCUUUUCAGAGUUUUAAAAUUUGCAUACAUUUACCUCUUGCCAGUUUUGGAAUAUUCCGUACGAACAAUAACGGAAAAAUACCUUCAGCCAAAUUUAUGCCACGAACACAGUCACAGAUUUCACAAGCACUGGCAAUUGGAGGCAAGCAAAGAGUAUGCUCAAUCUUCGUCCGCAGUAUCGAAGGAUAUAUUACCGUUUUUACAAAACUAAAUCAAGAUACUCGAUAUUUUUUAUUAUAAUUGGUAUCUUUUUGCUUUCGAUAUAUUUCCGACAACAUCGAAAGCACAACGUGUCAUCUAAGACACAGAACAGUCGGUUUAUAAAUGGCUUUCCCAUGAUCUUAAAGAUUGAAAAAGAAAUAGCUGUUAAGGAUAACUACUACCUGGUAACUGCUAUAAGUUCGCAUGAAUUUAUCUGGCUGUUGAAAUUCGUCGAUACGUUAUUCAGUCAUGGUGGUGAACUUGAAUUGAUAGUAUGGAGCUUAGAUCUUCGCGAUUGCGAGUUUAAUUACGUGAAAAAUCUAAAUACUCCAUUUCGAAUACAUUUACACCGUUUCCCAUAUCAUUUUCACCCACUGCAUUUACGAUACUACCAUUUAAAUGCAAUAAAACCAAUCGUUUUGGAAUCUGCCUCUCUUACGUAUGGUGAAAUUAUUUGGAUAGAACCUUCUGUCAAAUUACCUUUACAACUGGAUAAUAUUAUUGAAAUCCUCAGCGACAAAAGUUUUAUUGCAGCGAGUAGUUCUAAUCCAUCGCAUGCAAGACAUUGUCAGACGUAUGCCAUCGGCGUGAAUUACAUUCGGUUUAAAACCCUAAUCGAAGCAUGGGCACAAUGCGCGAGAAAACGUUCCUGCAUCGCAGCAGCAUUGAACCGUACAGAUCAUCACUCUGUGGUUGAUAUGUUCUUUGAGAAACGCAGAAAAGACAUGAGACUUCCUUGUACGGUAUUUAAUACUAAAGCAGUAGAAAUUAAAACUGAUGGAGUUCUAAAACAAUGGGAAAGCAACAAAGAAGCCCGCUGCAAACAACACAAAGUUUGUGUUUUAACAGGAAGUCAUAGAACGCAAGGAUGCUUAACUCCACAACUGGCUCGUCUUCGCCAGAAUAAACAUAAAUAUACCGAUCACCAUGGUUAUGCUUAUAUUGAAGAGGCAUUCGGGUUUCAUCGAAAUGCUCCCUGUCACAGAGUCUGGGAUAAAGUUCAUGCAAUUCUCAAACACUUGGCUGAAUGUAGGUUGCUGUUUUGGGUCGAUACUGACGCAAUUUUCUUGGAUAUGGACAGAACAUUAGAGUCUUUCUUUGAUGCUUAUCCGGGAAAAGAAUUUUUAGUAAGUUGGCCACGCACGGAUCGGAUGUUAAAUGCAGGUGUAUUGCUUAUGCGUAAUACGCCUACAAUGCACGAGUUUUUUCAAAAUAUAACAAAUGGAAAAACUUGGAAAAAUGACUGGUGUUCUCAUAGUAAGUUCGAGCAAGCCGCUAUCAGAGAUCAAUUGGAUAGUGGAAGUAUGGAUGGGAAAUUUGCAGUGGAACGCAGUAAUAUGUUACAAACGCUUUGCAGUUUUGGCAAUAAAGAAUGUGCUGUGACUAAGAAGGACUUUAUUGCCCAUUUUGCACCCCCAGACUGUCCGAAGUUACAUGACCUUGUUAAAACGUUUUUGGACGAUAACCAAAGUUUGAUAUGAUGACUUUCUUGAUUCUGAGAACAUAGCACAUGUUACACGAUGCAAUUUUUCAUGCAACUUGUUUAAUGUCAGAUGCCUCGCAAUGAUUUUACCAAUGUAUUGCAAUACCUAUAUAUCUAUCUAGUCUCUCAACUUACACUCAUUUGUCAUUUCGAAAUUGCAGGAGGACUGCAACCUCGUUCCCAGGGCCUUUGUGAAAUUUGUGAUGUGUCUUAUCACCAGUAUCCGAUAAAAGAGAACAAUAAACAAUAUAUGGCUUAAUCUAUGGGGGUUGAUAUCCACCAAAAUUCAUCCUUUUA